AUGCUGAGGUGGAGGCGUAUCUGGAGCACUGGCGGUCUGUUGGGGCGCCGGAUGUGCGCGGCGAUUGUGCUGACCCACAGGCACGGCGACCAUAUCGGGGGCGCGGUGCGGCUGAGGGACGCCACGAGCGGCGCGGUUACCUGCAACACAGAUGAACGCGAGGCUAUCGAGUCUGACCUUGCUUCUUCUCGUAUGGAGGAUGUGCCCUUUCAGCAGACAGGAGUGCUGUUCAGCGGUGAUAUGAUUCUAGGGACUGGCACGACGGUCAUCAGCCCUGAGCACGGAGACAUGUCGGCCUACAUAGAGUCGAUGCGUAAGCUGCUUGGGUAUGACGCGCGCCUGAUUGCGCCUGGGCAUGGGCCUGUUAUCGACACACCGCAAGACAAGCUGAAUGAGCUGAUUACUCAUCGGCUUGCGCGCGAGGAGCAGAUUGUGGGACUGGUGGAGGCUGGGAAUCGGAGUGUGGACGCGCUGCUGGAAGCCAUCUAUGCAGGGGAACAUACAUCCGCAGCUAAUGGAGACGGCGCGCAGCCAGAUUCGGGCGCACCUUAUUAA